CCGAAAUUGCUCGAAGUUGCCGGAUUUGAGUCGGAGUCAAUGUGACCGUGACGAACUACACUCUCUUCUUCAUCUACCACUACCUACUACAACUAUUAUCAUGAGCGACGACUGGGACACCAAAGUCGUAAUCGGCUCCAAGCGCCAGGUGGCCAAAGUCACCAAGAAAGAUUCAGACCUCAACGCUGCCAGGAGAGCAGGCGCCGUUGUAGGCACCGACAAGAAGACGACAGCGGGUGGUAACAAAGCCCAUCAGGGCACGGACCACCAGCGCAUCGCAAAGCUUGACCGUGAAAACGAAGUUGCCCCUCCCUCAAAGGUCCCUCCGUCUGUCGGUCGCGCCAUGCAAACCGCACGGAUGGAUCUCAAGCUCUCGCAGAAGGACGUUGCUCAGAAGAUCAACGAGAAGCCCUCCGUCCUGCAAGACUAUGAAUCAGGAAAGGCCAUUCCCAACCCCCAGAUCCUCGGCAAACUCGAACGGGCCCUUGGUGUAAAACUUCGGGGCUCCGGGAUUGGGGAAAAACUGGGAGGGCCCAAGAAGUCAUAAGCAUCUUGUUCUCUCCCACCCCUCGGCCCUUCAUGUAGACUACGUUGUCAUGUUUUGUUGAAUAGAUGCUUUUAGCCAUUUGGAUGAGAUU